UCAUCAACAUCAAAACUUGAUGACAAAAUCAAUAGUAGUUGUAAUAAUGAUGAUGAUGAUGAUGAUGAUGAUUGUGUAGAUGGUAUUAUUGCGGUCGAUACAACAAUAACAAACAAACUUUCCACAUGUUGUAAUAAUGAAAAUGUCAUUGAAGAUUUUAGCCAAUAUCUACUUCAUGAUAAUGAUCCACCAUUGACUUUUCAACAGAAACAAAAACAACAGCAACAACAACAGCAACAGCAGCAGCAGCAAUUAAAUAAUUCAAAUACAAUGAUGAUGAUAUCGAAUUCAUCAUCAUUAUCCACAGAUUAUUGUUGUCUAAAUUCGAUACAAUUUAAUAAUAAUAAUAAUUCGGAUACAAUGAUGGUAUCAAUCAAUGAUGAUAAUAAUUAUAAUAGGAAAGAAAAUGGAAAUAAUUAUCUACGAAAUUAUCUGACUAACACUGAUACCGAUGAUGAAAUGAUUGAGAAAAAUUUCACUCUUUAUGAUUAUUAUCCAGCAACAGAAUUGAUGCCACCACCACCACCACCACCACCACCACCAGCACCAGCAUCAGCACUAUCUAUGCCAUCGUCGUCGAAAACAUUGAAAUCAUCCUUUUUCAAAAAACAACAGCAACAACAACAGCAACGACAACGAGAGCAAAAAAAUCUACAAUCAUCAAUACCAUUAUUGCAGAAAUUAUCUUUAUCAAAUGAUGAAUUAUAUGAACCAGAAUUAUAUCUAAUACAGGAGCUGACUACUGCUUGUUUAUUAUUGAAAAAUCCAUAUAAACGUAUACAAUAUAGUUCAUUAUUUACAAAGAAUCCAAAAUAUCCUAGUCAUAUGCCACAUGAUUGUGGUAUAACAGAAUUUUUCAUUCAUCGUCUUAUAAGAAUGUCAAAACGUUUAGGUUCAUUCGCUAAACUAAUGCUUGAUGAUCAGAUUGAAUUACUCAAACACAAUGUACUCGAUAUGCUUCUCAUACGUUCGGUAUUGUUGUAUGAUCCAGAUCGUAAAGCUUUUUGUUUACUUGAUGAUAAAUGUAAAGUAUCCAUAAUGGUUGAUCAUGAAAUACUACGGCCAUGUUGUAUCAAAUAUGAUUAUGAACGUCAUAAAAAUUUUCCAGCAAAAUUUAAACAUGAAUGGAAAAAUGAUAACAUUAUAUUUGAUUUGUUGACGGCCAUCACAUUGUUUACACCACGAUUGAAUACAAGGCAAAAUAAAAAAAUCAAGGAUGAAUAUUCUCGUUACACAUGUCUAUUACGUCGUUAUUUACAGAUCAAAUAUGGCCAUGGUAAUGAUGAUGCAAAAAAUUCGUUUGCAAUAUUAAUGUCAUUAAUAGAUGAAAUGCGUUUAUUGGCUGAAGAUGUAACACAAUUAUUUGUACGUAUUUAUCGUGUUAUGCAUUCAUUUCCAUUAUUUAUGGAUCUAAAAUUUGGUGCAAAUAAUGAACUGAAAAAUGAUUCAACAUUAUUCAACAAUAUUCACAAUGAUUCAAGAUAUAAUAAUGAUGAAAUAAUAACCAUUGCGAAUGCUAUCAAUGAUAAUCAUCAUGAUAUUCGAUUGGAAAUGGAAAAUAUUAUGAUGGCUAAUAAUUUGGCAAUUGAAUCGAAUAUUUGUUAUAUGCCUACAUCAGCAAAUAAUCAAACAUUGCCAUCGCUAUCAUCGUCAUCAUCAUCAUCAUCAUUUAUAUUGACCAAUAACAAUAAUACAAAUUGUAACAGUUUGGCUGGACAAAUAUCAUCAUCAUCAUCAUCAUUAUAUGAAAUACUAAAUAAUGGUACAACAAUAGAUGAUGAUGAUAGUAUUUCAAUGAUGAUCAUGUCAUCGAAUGGUAACGCCGGCAACCAUAACCAUCAUCAUCAGAAUCAUUCAAAUAAUAAUAAUGCCACCAAUGCAUAUCAUGAAUGUUUUCUAAAUUCAGUCAUUUGAUCAUCAUUGAAAAUGGAUCUCCCUUUUUUUCUAUUACUCAAUAUUCACAUGAAAAUCCUUUUUUACACACACAAACACACACACAUAUUGACCACUCUUAAUUUCAUUGUGUGUGUGUGUGUUUGUUGUUUGAAUAUUCUUCAAAGUCAAUAUCUAAAUGAACAUCUCAAGAUGUAGUUAAUGUGUACCAAAAUAAAAUUAGCAAUUGUCGUUGUUUCCAUCAUCAUCAUCAUCAUCAUGACAACCGGACAACAAGAAUGAAUUAAGAUGAAAAAAAAAUUUCUUAGAACAUGGAACAAUAGAAUAUUCUGAAUAAGAAUCUGACAAAGUUAAUAUAGAAAUGUGUGUGUGUGUGAGUGUGUGUUUGAUUUGAUGUGAUGGCCAAUCACACCAAUCAUCAUCAUCAUCAUCAUAUAUUGUGAAUGGUUAAGUUUUUUUUUCUUCUUGGGCACCAUAUGGUUUCUUGGUAACACACAUAAUUAUUGGCUUGAUAUUAUUAUUUGUCACAACAUUUAUUAAUGUAACAAACUCAUGCACACAUGAAUUAAACUUGUAACAAACAAAAAAAA